AUGGCUCGCCUAUCGUUAAACCCAAUCGGUCUCCAUAGAUUCCGACCAUGUUUUCAACCUUCUCAAUCCACCGUAUAUCCUCGCCACCGCCACAUCAAAUUCCCUAAAUUCCACACCAUAGCUUGCCAAACAGAUCCAAACCUUAACGAAAAAGAUAAUCCCUCAACAACGCCGCCUAAGGAAAUACGAGUUGUGGUUGAGCCUAGUAGCGGUAAGGAGGAGACGACAAGUUCAACUGUUGAUUCCGCUGAACUUCCUCAAUUGCCAAAUAAAGAUAUCAGUAGAAAAGUCGCAAUUGCUUCUACUUUAGCUGCUCUGGGACUUUUUGUGUUUACAAGAUUGGAUUUUGGUGUUUCUUUGAAGGAUCUCUCUGCUGCUGCAUUGCCUUACGAACAGGCUCUUUCAAAUGGGAAGCCUACUGUUGUGGAGUUUUAUGCAGAUUGGUGUGAGGUUUGUAGGGAAUUAGCUCCUGAUGUUUACAAAAUAGAGCAGCAGUACAAGAAUAAAGUGAACUUUGUGAUGUUGAAUGUGGAUAACACCAAAUGGGAACAAGAGCUUGAUGAGUUUGGCGUGGAGGGUAUUCCGCACUUUGCCUUCCUUGAUAAAGAAGGGAAUGAAGAGGGCAAUGUAGUAGGUAGACUUCCGAGACAGUAUCUGCUUGACAAUGUUGAUGCACUUGCUCGUGGUGAAGCAUCGGUGCCUCAUGCGCGCGUUGUAGGCCAAUAUACUAGUGCUGAAAAAAGAAAGGUGCAUCAAGUUGUUGAUCCAAGAAGUCAUGGUUAG